AUGCUCUCCCUCCCAUUGGCAAAACUGUCGACGGCCCAAGACGCUGACCCAAACGAGCAAAAGUUCACCUGGACCCAUGACACCCAGAACCUUGUCGUCGUCUUUGAUUCCUAUGGUGCACAUGGCCCGUCGUCCCAGCUCUUGAAAGUGGUGCAGGGCACGCAGGUUCGACAACUAAUCGAGCUGGAGCGUUUGAUCAAUGAAGGACAUGACAUUGUCAGGACCAUGCAGGAAUGUGGUGUCGAACUCAAGAACGAGCAGUUACCCAUAUCAGCCAUCGUCCGCUGUCCGCUACUAGCCAUUCGGUGGCAGCGACCUGAUAAGAAGGUUCGUCGUCUCCAACUCAAGUUCAAGUCCAGUGAGGAUUACGCCGCUGCCUACAGUCACCUCUCCCAGCUCGGUUUGCGCAUGAGUUCUGCAAAUGAAGGUCAGAAUCAAUCACGCGCGCCGGCUUCAACACUCCCUUCCAAGACUGCAAGUGCAAGCCUAUCAUGCCCUCCAUCAAGACUGGCAGAUAUAUCCAAUCGACCGUACACUGCCGUUGCAGCACCGACAGCCCUUGAGUCCCACAUACAAGAGGCUGCCAGAGCUCGUCCCAUGUCCGCUUCCACAGCCUUCACCAAUCAAACUCGCAAUAAUCCUGCGUUUUACAGCCCCCUAUCACCUCCAGAGUACUUCCCAAGGCCCGAGACAGCCACAUCGAUGAUUCUUGACUAUCCAUCUGACACAUCCCCGUUCCCACCACGCUAUCGACCGUUGUCUACUAGUGAUGAAAACGGGCGUCCAGAGACUGCGACACUCUACAGCCGUCCUAGUACCGGCGAGGCAACACUACCGCCCAAACGAGAGCUCCCGUUCCAACGUUCAUCUUCUCCGCGAUCAUCGGGAACUGACGGUGUUCGGCCCCUGAGUCGACCCUCGAGUGCUUUGAUGCGGCCACCGCCUUUGCCUUCUCGUGUCACCGAUUUACGACCAAGCUCUAGUCGGGCAGCAAGCCAAGACAUGGAAUUUCCUCCCCUUCCCAAGCCGACUGUCAUUGGAAAUGGUGUACUUCAGGCGCAGGUGAUGCAACAGGCCCCCAAGACACCGACCCAGGACGGUAUCGUACCCACACGUGUCCCUGGCAUGUUCUAUGAGAACAGCGAAAACUUGCCGCCUGCAAGCUCGUCCCCAGGUUCUUCGACCCCUUCGCCUAGGUUGUAUAAGCAAGCAGCUGCCAGCAACCUUCCAACCACUCGACCCCUGAGCAAGCUUGGUAGCAGCGCCCAGAACCGACGUCAAACAGAGUCACACAACACUCUCACCACCCCUCCAGCAUCCGAAGCCAGGUAUCAAGAUUUCCCAGUGCCCGAAACCGCUUUUACUUCUUCAAAGGAUCACGGAGACAGCCUCGCAGCGUACGCAAUGCAGUCUGAGGAAGAACGACAAGUCGCCUUGAACGAGUUCAUCAUCCAAAAUCUUGAGAGCGAUGACUUCCUCACUUUGAUUGAAGACAUGGAGACCUGCUGGGCUAGGGUGGCGCUUGGUAUGCGUUGA